CUAAUAAAAUAAAAAAAAUAAAAAAAAAUUGCGGCACCUCAAAUCGCUCAAACACGUUGCAUUGUAUUAGCAAUCCUAGAGCGAUAACCUUUUUUUUUUUUUAGUAAAGAAGGAAAGAUUUUGUGUAUAAAUUUUGAUUCCUUGUAUCUUGGCUUCUUUACCCUAAACCCGUACGAACAAAACCAUUUUAUUUUAUUUUUUUUUUGCAAUUAUCUCUCUAUUUUUACACAUUUUUUUCUUUUUAAAUCUGUUGGUAAGUUGAGGAGUUGCUGGAAUAAUAAUAACAAAUAAUUUAUCUCAAUCUUGAAACUCCGAAUCAGGCUGUUUUUCUUCAUCUCAUCAAUCUCUAAAAACAAAAGCCUACGUUUACGCUGUGGGGAGGAAUGGGAGAUAUUAGGAGAAGUAGAAGAGAAAGAGAUAAGAGGGAUGCAAUUGCAAACGAGGAAACAGAGUACGAGAUAGAAGAGUUGAGAGAAGGAAUCAAGUCAUCAAGAGGCAGCAGAUUUGAUCUCAUAGCCAAUGAGUUUGGUUUGGCCGCUGCUGGUGCUCGGAGAAAGUUCAGUCGUCAAUCUUUAAUCUACGGAUUCAAAGACCUCUCCAACGGCCUCUCCAUUCAUCCCGACAACAGGUGGUAUCGAGCAUGGACCAAGUUCAUACUAAUAUGGGCACUGUACUCUUCCUUCUUUACUCCCAUGGAGUUUGGGUUCUUCAGGGGAUUGCCACAAAAUCUUUUUAUACUAGACAUCGCAGGACAAGUAGCUUUUCUUCUUGAUAUUAUUUUGCACUUCUUCCUUGCAUAUAGGGACAGCCAGACCUAUCGAAUGGUCUGUAAGCAAACCUCUAUCGCUAUUCGGUACUUGAAAUCUAGUUUUAUCAUUGAUUUACUUGGUUGUAUGCCUUGGGAUAUUAUCUACAAGGCUUGUGGAAGAAAAGAAGUAGUGAGGUAUCUCUUAUGGAUUAGGUUAUAUCGGGUUCACAAACUCACUGAUUUCUUCCAGAAGAUGGAGAAGGAUAUACGAAUUAAUUACCUUUUCACAAGGAUUAUAAAACUUAUUUUUGUUGAACUCUAUUGCACACAUACAGCAGCUUGUAUCUUUUACUAUUUGGCUACCACACUGCCUCCUGAAAAAGAGGGGUACACAUGGAUUGGAAGCUUAAAGUUGGGAGAUUACAGUUAUGCACACUUCAGAGAAAUUGAUCUGUGGAAGCGGUACACAACUUCCAUGUAUUUUGCUAUUGUCACAAUGGCUACUCUUGGUUAUGGAGAUAUACAUGCUGUCAAUAUGAGGGAAAUGAUAUUCAUAAUGAUAUAUGUCUCCUUUGACAUGAUUCUUGGCGCUUAUUUGAUUGGUAACAUGACAGCCUUAAUCGUAAAAGGAUCCAAGACUGAGAAGUUCAGGGAUAAAAUGGCAGAGGUUAUUAAGUAUAUGAACGGAAAUAGACUUGAGAGGGAUAUCCGUAAUCAGAUCAAGGGCCACUUUCGCUUACAGUAUGAAAGUCGCUACACUGAAACAGCUGUUCUUCAGGAUAUUCCCAUCUCUAUCCGAGCUAAGAUUUCUCAAUCUUUAUAUACGCCAUACAUUGAGAAUGUUUCUCUUUUCAAGGGAUGCUCAACAGAAUUCAUCAAUCAGAUUGUUAUUAGACUCCAUGAAGAAUUUUUUCUCCCAGGUGAAGUAAUAAUGGAACAGGGAAAUGUGGUAGAUCAACUUUAUUUUGUCUGUCAUGGUGUGCUGGAGGAGGUUGCUAUAGGGGAAGAUGGAACAGAAGAGACUGUUUCGCUUCUGCAACCCAACAGCUCGUUUGGGGAAAUUUCUAUUCUCUGCAACAUCCCUCAGCCUUAUACUGUUCGGGUUUGUGAAUUAUGUAGGCUUCUGCGACUGGAUAAGCAAUCAUUUUCAAAUAUCCUUGAGAUAUAUUUCUAUGAUGGAAGGAAAAUUUUGAACAAUCUUUUGGAGGGAAAAGAAUCCAAUCUUCGAGUUAAGCAACUAGAAUCAGACAUCUCAUUUCACAUUGGAAAGCAAGAAGCUGAACUAGCUUUGAGAGUGAAUUGUGCUGCAUAUCAUGGAGAUUUAUAUCAGCUCAAAAGUUUGAUCCGGGCUGGAGCUGAUCCUAACAAAACGGAUUAUGAUGGAAGAUCGCCCUUGCAUCUUGCUGCAUCAAAAGGACAUGAUGAUAUUACAAGUUUCCUUCUUCAACAUGGGGUAGACAUCAAUCUUAAAGAUAAGUUCGGGAAUACACCUUUACUAGAAGCGAUAAAAAAUGGACAUGACCAUCUUGCCGCUUUGCUAGUUAAGGAAGGAGCUUCGCUAAACAUAGAUGAUGCUGGUAGUUUUCUAUGCAUGGCUGUUGCAAAGGGGGACUCAGACUUUUUGAAAAGAGUUUUGUCUAAUGGAAUUGAUCCUAACUCCAAAGAUUAUGACCUUCGAACCCCACUUCACGUAGCUUCCUCUGAGGGCUUAUAUUUGAUGGCAAAGCUUUUGAUAGAAGCUGGAGCUAGUGUUUUUACCAAAGACAGAUGGGGAAACACUCCACUUGAUGAAGCCCGGAUGUGUGGCAACAAGAAUUUGAUCAAGCUACUUGAAGAUGCAAAAUCUACUCAGCUAUCAGAAUUCCCUUAUUAUUGUUCGAAAGAAAUUACAGAUAAAAUGCACCGAAAGAAAUGCACUGUUUUUCCUUUCCACCCAUGGGAUGUUAAAGAUCUGAGAAGACAUGGAAUUGUGUUAUGGAUCCCUCCCACGAUUGAAGAGCUUGUUAGAACUGCUGCUGAGCAGCUAGACUUUCCAGGUGGUUCUUGUAUAUUGUCACAAGAUGCAGGUAAAAUUCUUGAUGUAGACAUGAUUAAUGAUGGACAAAAGCUGUAUUUGAUCGGCGAAACUCAUUAGUAACCUAUGGCUAUCGUAAAAUAACAAUGUUGAUCAUCUCGGAGCUUAAUUUAAUUAAUUUAUACAAUAAUUCUUAAAAGGUAGCAACCAACGGAUUGGAAUUUAAAUACCAACACCUACAACUCUUUUCUUUACCCAUGGACCGUAGCCUUUUAUGUAAAAAAAUUAACAAUGUUGGUGCGUCAUUCUUGUAGCAUGGCCACUUGUAUAUGUGAUUUAGCUGUGAAUAAAGGUGUAGCAUUUUGAACUUAAAGUUUAAUUUAGUUGAUUCAUAUAAUUAUUUUUAAGAGAUAACAUCUAUUACAUCUGGAGCUCAAAUUCUAAUGCCUACAAUCUCUUCUUUAGAUCUUUUUAUACCAAAAAAAAAAAAAGUGUUGCAUCUCUGCAUUUAUGUUUAACAUUAGCAAUGCGAGUGCAAUGGUUUGUUCCAAAUAGUGAAGAAGUACAACCAUUACUACUACUGUUUAAUACCAAAAGGACAGGAGUAAGACAUCAGCCACAUAUCCGAAUUAAUUGUGUUGUGAAUUUCUUUUUAUCUUGGAAUAAGUGUUUGUUGUGUUUUUGGUUAUAUAUUUUGAAAUAUGCAUAACGGCAGCAUAAAGAUGAGCUCUAUUAUCACUGUACAUGAUCAACCAAAAGCAGUGCAGAAUAAUGAAU